AUGAGCGAUGGAUUUCGCAACUUGACAGACACCCAACUCAAACAAGCUAUCGGUCAAUUGCAGCAUGCUGCAACCUCAUAUAUAUCCCCAACUCCACAGCAAGCUUCCUCAACUUAUCUAAAAAAUUUGCAAGCUUGGUCUAGCACCCCUACGCCCCCUCCACGCAAUGCCAGUGCAGGAACACGACCAUCACGCGCUCGAAACAGUCGCCCUUCCAACCUGACAAACACACCGACACCCAGUGGCCCUGUGCCCUCGCCCUUAACGACAGUAGUAAAUACUUAUCGCGUACCUCAGGUGGUGACACCUCUCCUGCAAUCCCAGGUUCACCCUCCACCCGUUCCAACAACACCUCAGGCUCAUCAAAGCACUUAUGCAUCCCGUCUCCGUACUGGGGCUACCCUUCUCAUGCAACCUAUAUUAGCCGCUGCACCCGUCGCUCCAGCAUCAGCAUACCCUACUACAAUCACAUCUGCUACGCGGUCGUCCGGUCGACGGACUGGUACCAUUGUGAACUAUGCGGAUCCUGGAUCAGGCGACGAAUUCCCUGACGCAGGAGAGUUAGAAACGGACGAUUCAGAUUUUGUUGCGAGUGGUGGGACAAGGACCAGUAUACGGCAAAGUAGGGGUGGGAGGACAACUGGUUCAUAUGUGCUCGGCGCUCAGGGGAACACAGGACAGAGCAGUGGAGCUCAAACUUCGCAGCCCGAAGUUCUGGAUCAGAGCUAUCUGGGAAUGGUACCUCCUGAUAGAUUUAUCAAGACGAGAUAUAUGUUUCCGACACCUCACGAGUACCCUCCUGAAGAAACUCUUAAUCGCCAAUCCCUCCGUCCUACAGCUCUUGUUCCCAUACGAGUAGAGUUCGAGACGGACACCCACCGGAUACGAGAUUGUUUUGUGUGGAAUCUCCAUGACCAGACUAUCAAGCCCGAGCUGUUCGCCCGAAUAUUCUGUAAUGACCUCGACCUGCCUACAGUACCGUGGGCAGAGACUGUUGCCAAUCAAAUUAAAGCCCAGUUGGAGGAUUGUGAAGGAGUGGCGACGAUGGAGCUUGGGAUGGAUGGAGCGGUAGAUCUGGAUGCUCAGGCGGAGAAUCUGUCACUGACAGAUGAGAAUAGUAUGGAAGUUGAAGAGGAUGUAGCGGACAUGAUUCCAGAGUGUCGAGUUAUACUUAGUAUUGACGUCCAAAUCGCCACGUAUCAUCUCCUUGACCACAUCGAGUGGGAUUUACUGUCACCACUCACCCCUGAGGCUUUCGCCACUACGCUCUGUCAAGAACUUGGUCUUUCCGGGGAGGCUAUUCCUUUAGUGGCUCAUGCGGUUCACGAAGAACUCAUCAAGCACAAGAAAGACGCUGUUGAAUGGGGUGUCAUUGCGGGUAGCACUGCGGACCGUGAACGUAUCACUCGCAACACCCCCGGUACUUCGGACCAUGUUAAACGCGACAAGUCCGGGGCUGGUCUGAUGAAAGACAAGACCGGUCUGGGAUUGGCUUGGGGACGAGCACCAAGAGAUGGGAGAGGACCGAAACCGCUGAGGAGUAUUUGGAGAGAUUGGGCUGAAGCGGAAGAGUUUAAGACGCGUUUUGAGGAGUUGAGUCAAGAGGAAGUGGAAAGGAGGGAGAUGGAGAGAGAAAGAGCUGCGAGGAGGUUGAGGAGGGAGACGAGUAAAUUUCAGAGCAAUUUGCUGGGGCUGGGAGGUCCGAGAUAUCGAAGUUCGAGGAGAUGA